UAAGUGAUUUGUUCCACCGAGGUCAGGGUGUUUAAUCGAACGUCUGCAGGGACUUUUGCACAGUUAAAAGUAAAUUAGAAAGUUUGGCUUUGGUCCUGACUCAGCAUUUGUAGCAGCACACACAGCAUCCUUUCUGAGUUGCCACGGCAACUGUGUCAGUCAGCUGCAAGUCUGGGAUCAUAUGUACAUAGAAGAAUACAUUGAAGAAGAUGAGGAACCACCUUUGCUGCUCAGCUCUUGUCCUUUUCAUGCUGUUUGGCUGUGGAGGGACUGCAGCAGUGCAGUGCUGGUGGAGGGAAGGGUGUGUGUGUCUGCAAUGCAACGCAGGCCAGGAGCCUUCCAAGGCUUGUGAGCAGAUCCAGAGUCCAGCUGAGGAAGUGCAUUGCCAGUUGUGCCCAGCUGGAACCUUUUCAGAUGCACUGGAUGCCGAGCUUUGCCGACCACACACCUCCUGCGAGCUCCUUGGCCGAAAGGCUGCAGCCUCUGGCAACGCGACCUCAGAUGCCGUCUGUGGUGACUGUCUGACUGGGUUUCACUCCUCUGCCGCAGGGCAAGUUUCCACUCAAAGUCCCUGUGUGAAAAGUGACUUGCAUAACAGAGUGGCCCGUAAUGUGGGUAAAGGUCAGUCCGGUGGAGCAGGAGGGCCAGCCAACAGCACAGUGGUGCGCAGCGCUGAGGAAAAGACAGCAGAGUAUGCUGUGUUUGCCCUGGUGCCUGUCUUCUGCGUGAUGGGCCUGUUGGGCAUCCUCAUCUGCAACAUCCUAAAGAAAAAGGGAUACCGCUGCACCGGUGAGAAGGAGGGAGGAGAUGAAGAGGCUGCCACAGCACAGAAAGAAGGUAACAGUUGUCCCUACAUAUCCGAUGACCUGAAUGAAGACACCAUCAGUGUUCUGGUUCGUCUCAUUACUGAGAAGAAAGAAAAUGCUGCUGCGCUGGAGGAACUGCUGCUGGAGUACGAGACCAAAGAGAUGGCCACGAGCAAGGGCUCGUCAAUCAAGUUCCCAAUGCUGUCUCCCUUAUCCCCAUUCCGCUCCCUUCCCAGACUCUGUCCCCAUCAGUCCCACCUCCACACCAUCUCCGGCCUCUCCGGCCUGGCCCCCAAACACGGUUACCGUUGCACCCGUUGCGCCCAGAAAAAAUGGCCCCCUGUUCUCAUUCCACCCCUGGAUUCUCUCAAAGAUCCACUGAAGCCCCCCCAGAGUCUCAUCCUGCCCUCUCUGGACACAUCUUCUGACCAGCAGAAGAGCCCCCUUCUGGGUGGAGAGUGUGGGAACACACACCAUAAACAAGCUGCUGUGCCAAAAACUGUACAGGAAAAGAUGGAAGGAAGUGAAGUGAAGGAGAAAAAGGAGGGAGAGCUCACAGUAUUGUCUGUGGGAAGAUUUCAAGUUGCUCAGAUCCCCGAGCAGAAGCCAUGCACAGUGGAAACCAAGAGAGCAUCUCAGGAGCAGAGGAACUCCUUCUUUGGGGGGAAGUCCUUCUCCCUGUCUUCCUCAUCUGGCAUCAGGAGGUGAAGGGACACUGUGCAGUAUUGCUACCUCGCUGAAGAAAACCUCAUUGCCCGGCGACAGCUUGACCGCUGACAUGGAGGGUGUUUUUAGAUGACUGACACCGAGAAACCACAACCACCUGCUGCUGGAAGUAGUUGUUUCUAAUAAUGCAAUAAGAGGAAUAUAACUGUAUUUAUUAUUACAUAAACAGAUUAUUGUAUUAUAGACGUAUCAGACGCAGCUUCAGAGGAAUCACGGCUGCAUCCAAAGAGAAACGGGUUUGAAAAGCCUUUUGAAGACAUGCAAGGAUGUAUUAACAAUAACUGACACUAGAAGGAGGGAAGUGUGCGUUAUACACAAAUUCACUCCCAAACUUUUUAUUUUUUUUUUUUUUUUACUGGUGCUUCCAUAUAAAAAAAAAAGAACAAAAAUACAAAAGGGUACAACUCAUACUCACUUGUAAAUUUAUAUAUACACUCACCAGUGGUUACACCUUAAAAUACCCUAGUCUUCCCUGUGUGCAGUGAAAUGAAAAGAGCACAAUGGACUAUUUUGCUGGCUUAAAAAUACAAAUAAAAUAUUUCAUAAGAACGCACCUUAAAAAGAAGAAAACAUCAACCCGAGGUCUGCAACAUAAAUGAGCACAUGAGUGAGACAAUAAGCAAAAUAAAUAUAAAUGAUUUGGCUCAUUUGAUACUUCAUUAUUGCAAAACAGCAAGUUUUCAGCUCAUUAUAAUUCUGUGUUUUCAACUGUAUUUUUUUUUUUUUUAAACUCUUUUUGCUUUUGCUCGCACAGAAACUGCAGGUGAGCUGAGGGGGUUGAAUGUAGUCUGAACACACUUGCUGCACUCACUGAAGUAAAACCUGAGAGUUAAAGAAGAUUUGCUGAGAUGUACACUUACCCAGGCUCAGCAUUAAUACCUUCUUUAAAAAAAACAAACGAAAAAGUACAUUUUUGAGGAUCAAUUUUUUUUUCCAAGAGUGUCUCCUCAGACCGUACGAGAGCCUUUUUAAUAGCACUGCAGUCCUUUAGCUUGUUCCCAGCUGCUGUUGUCAGUAAAGAGGUAGAUCUCGCUUUUGUAGAAGACAAUAUGUAAAUGACUGUACAUAUGUAAAUAUGGGUGGGUUUAGAGAAACAGCGUUUUAUAAAUUUAAAGGAUGUGUGAGGUGGUACAUUAGAUCCCUUGUAAUGGGAAAGACAACUGCACUGCACCAGUGAGUGACAUUUGUAGUUUACCAUAAAACAAAACAACUAUAAUCACACUACCACGCACAGACCCGAAGGCUGAACUGCAGGAUUCAUUUAACAUUAUAAUUUUUCUGCCAUUUGGGUGCUUUUCUUCUGCUCUGACAGUUUUCUAUUCUAUUUAUGAACAAACUCGCAGUACACACAGCCAGACUGUAGUUAUGCAAUCUUCAUAACUCAGAGAAACCACUUACAUAUAAAUACACACACGCGCGCACACACACACAUUUAUUUAUUUUUGAUCGUUUAAUUAAAUAAACCCACCAGUGGCUGCAGAGAAUUAGUGGUUGAAAUGCCUCAAAGUCAUGCGAGCUCAGUUGGCUUUAGUUUACAUCCUUGUGGGUUUUCGAGCAUGUAUUAUAAUCAUAGAUGGGGUUUUUUUUUUCUUUACUCAUUUUCAUAUUUUUCUUAUUAUGUUGUGACAAGGAAUAUGACAGCAUGUCUGGAGGGAAGAGUAUUUAUUGGCUGUGUUACAUGUUUUCUUUUGAUCUGUUUUUAGUAAUAUUUUCACUCAGGCUACGGUUAUCAUAAAAUGUUUUCAAGCUGAAGUGUUGCUGGAAAGAAGGAAGGAUUAAAACAGUCAUCUCAUCAACUUUGUAGCUUGUGUUUAUAUAAUAUUAUAUAAGUGCGAGCGUAUGAUGUUUUUAAAAUAAAGGGGUAUUUUAAAUGCUA